ACAUAAUUCUCAAAUCAUGGUUUAAUUUUGAUCCAAUGUAAAUUUAAAAUGAAAGAUGCAGUGAAUAAUUAGUCGACUAAUAAUACCCUUUGGUAGGAGCCUAGACUGACUCACCGACAAAAGAAUCCUAACCUUUCUAUGCAUUCUUUUUCAACAAUUUCCUUCACACCAUUGACAUUGGCACCCUGUGACAGUGACAUUACAUUAUUAAUUAUCAUCUCCAUACUAUUAUUCAUUUCACUAACAAAUUAACAAUAAUAACAAUGCCUCCAUCCUAUUUCCCUCUUCGUUGGGAAAGCACAGGACAACAAUGGUGGUUCGCAUCACCAAUUGAUUACGCAGCAGCAAACGCUCUCUACGAUCUCGUAAUUGAACUUCUCCACUUAGACACCAACCUCCUCAUCAAACUCACUUCCCUUCCCCGAAUUCGUCGUCUCGAAACCGUUUGGGACGACGAAUCGAACUUCGAUGACGUGGCUAAAUGCCGGUCCCACGUCGCCAAAAAACUCAUGAUCGAAUGCGAAACUGGAAGAAGAUGCCAAAAGAACUCUCUCAUUCGUGCUGGUUAUGGUGGAUGGCUUCUUUACACUGCUGCUUCGGCUGGUGACGUGGAUUUUGUUAAGGAAUUGUUGGGAAGAGAACCUUCGCUUGUGUUUGGAGAAGGUGAGUAUGGAGUUACGGAUAUAUUGUAUGCUGCAGCGAGGAGUAAAAAUUGUGAGGUGUUUAAGAUUCUGUUUGGUUAUGCAAUGUUGAAAAAUAGUGGAGAGUUGGUUAUGGAGGAGGUUUUUGAGAAGGAUAUGGUUAAUAGAGGUGUUCAUGCUGCUGCUAGAGGUGGAAAUUGGGAGAUACUCAAAGAGUUUGUUGGAAGUGUUGGUGAUAUUUUAGUAUUUAGAGAUUUUCAUGGAUGUACUGUUUUGCAUACAGCAGCUGGUACAGGGCAAGUUGAGGUGGUGAGAAAGCUACUUGAGUCAUUUGAUAUUAUCAACCUAACAGAUACUCAAGGAAAUACUGCAUUACAUGUAGCUUGUUACAAGGGUUACUUACCUGUGGUAGAAAUUCUGAUACAUGCAUCUCCAUCACUAGCAUUGUUAACCAACCACCAUGGAGAUACUUUUCUUCAUUUGGCAGUGGUUGGUUUCAAUAGUCCUGGUUUCUGUAGACUAGACAAGCAUACUCAACUCAUGAAACAAUUGGUGAGUGAAAAGAUUGUGAAGACACAAGAGAUCAUCAAUGUUAAGAACAAUGAUGGAAGAACUUGUCUUCAUGUGUCUGUUAUUGAUGGCAUUCAAUGUGAGGUAGUGGAAUUAUUGAUGUCUGUGCCAUCAAUUGAUUUGAACAUUUGUGAUGCUGAUGGUAUGACACCUUUAGAUCUUUUGAAGCAACGACCGCGAUCGACGUCUUCUGAUAUUUUAAUCAAACGGUUGGUUUCCGCAGGAGGGAUCUCUAAUUGUCAAGAUGAUAUGGUAAGAGAUAUAAAUUCUAAACUUAGCUCCGAAUACUCUGAAUCAAGUUGCAGCGUGCAGCAGCUGCAGAAGAUCCAAAUCCAGGUAAAUGGAAGUAGUCCUGGGACUUCAUUCAGAAUACCGGAUGCAGAGAUAUUCUUGUACACUGGAAUUGAGAAUGCAUCUUAUGUCAAUUAUGAUCAAACAAGUAUUGAAUCAUAUUCAUGCUCAAGUGAAUUAAGCAAUUCUGAUGCUGCUAAUUCCACAUAUAACAAGUCUAAUAAUAAUUCUGUCAAUUAUGCUGCAAGACGCUUAAAGUUUCUUCUCAAGUGGCCUAGGAGAAAAGACACAAAAGAAGCUUUCAAAGAAUUGGAAAACGAUGAUGAUUCUCUUGAUCCUUUAAGUACGAGUAGAAAUUUAGAAGAGUUUUCAAUUCCAUUAAGGCAAAGAUACUCACAUUCAUGCUCCCUCAGAACACAAUCUAUAAGGAGUUUUCAUCCAAGUCCAUCCUCCAAAAUGAGUUUCACUGCAGGACUCAUGCAAGGUGUAAUUCAGCUAAAGCCACAUGUCAAUCUUCCAACUCAUUCAAGUUCUAAUCUUUUUCAAGAAUUAUCUUUAGUUUCUCUAUCUAAUUCGAUCAACAAACAAAAGGGUCUUGAUCAACAAGGUUCUUUCAAUAAAAAAUUGAUGAAUCAAUAUGUUUCUUUUGGAGCACAGGGAAUGACCAUGGAAGAUUCAAAUAGUUGCGAAUCAAAUGGGAGUUAUAAGCGUUUCAGUUCUUUAGUUGCUUAACUGUUGCCAUUGAUUGAGUAAGAACGUGAUAAUAAUAUAUUCUUAGCUUGUAAUGACAAUUUUGCAAAAGUUUUUUCUGCAAUAUUAAUUAAUAUACAUAAUAUAAUGAUA